AUGUCUUCGUCCUCACAAUCAAACGAGAAGCCUCACAGGGCCUCUACAUCGUCUGAGUCAAUUCCAGAAUCUUAUCAUGGAUAUUCGGACCAGGAGGAGGAAGAAUUUCGAGAAUCGCAAGAUAUCGGGGAGCUCCAUCGAGUGGUUACUCAAUCCAGGCAGAGCAGUGUUGGCCCGGAUGUUUUGACGCGACUAUCGACGCUCUCGCAGACGCUUUCGCAUAUGUCGCAUGCAGACAUGCAAGCGUUCCAUAUUGACCCGAACGACUUUGACUUGAAGAGUGUGUUGAAGUUCAUUUCGUCGCGGCACGACGAGCUGGGUGUUCCUGAGAAAAAAACGUGGGUUGUGUAUGAUGAGCUCAGUGUGAUGGGCAAGGACUCGUCUACGGCAACUGUGCAGGAUGUGGGUUCAUUGUUGUUUUUCUGGGUGGACUGGGUGAGGCGAUUAGGAGGAGUUGGGAGAGGUGGUGGGGAGAGGGGGGAUGGAAAUGUGGAAGGUAAGAACAGGGAGAGGGGGAAUGCUGAAGAUAUUUCUAAGGAGAGCGAUACUAAUGCUAUUUCUCAGCAAGGUAAUGCAGGUACUUAUCAGCAAGAAGAUCUAGCUGAUACUCAGAAAGGUAACACUUUCCAGCAAAGCAAUACCAAUAGUACUUCCCAGAAAGGUAAUACUUUCCAGCAAAGUAAUACCAAUAGUACUUCCCAGAAAAGCACCCCCAACCCAGCAUACCGACACCUCAUCCACCGGGUGAACGGCAUCGCGGAGCCCGGGACACUGACGCUUGUGUUGGGCCGCCCCGGGGCCGGGUGCUCGACGCUAUUGAAGGCGUUGGCGGGCCAGACCCAGGCAUACGAGGAGGUGCAAGGUGUGGUGAGCUACGGGGGCAUCCCGCAGAAGGACCUGGUGCAGCAGUUCGCAUCGCAGUUGGUGUACGUGCCCGAGUUGGACGAGCACUUCCCGUACUUGACCGUGGAGCAGACGCUUGAGUUUGCGAUCGCGUGCAAGACACCUGCCGUGAGGGUGCAAGGGGUGACAAGGAGACAGUACAUCCGCACGAUCAAGGAGCUCUACGCGGCGGUUUUCGGGCUCCACCACGUGCAGAAGACGCUUGUGGGCGGGGACUUCGUGCGGGGCAUCUCCGGGGGCCAGCGGAAGCGUGUGUCGAUUGCCGAGGCCAUGGCCACCAGGGGUACCGUGUACUGCUACGACAAUGCCACGCGGGGGUUGGACGCGUCCACGGCACUCGAGUUUGUGCGGGCACUCCGCACGUCGACGAACUUCGCGGGCACCGCGUGCGUGGUGACGGCGUACCAGGCCUCAGAGAGCAUCUACCAGGCGUUUGACCAUGUGUGUGUGCUGUACGCGGGCCGCCAGGUGUACUUUGGGCCGGCCGACCGCGCGGUGGCCUACUUCGAGCGGCUGGGCUUCGCACGGCCCGCCCGGCAGACCAGCUCCGAGUUCUUGACCUGUGUGACGGACCCGGACGCGAGAACCGCCCGGCCGGGUUUCGAGGGCCGCGUGCCACACACCGCGGGCCAGUUCGAGUCGCUCUGGCGGGGCUCGCCCGAGUUCGCGGCCCUCAAGGCCCGGCAGACCUCCCUGCAGGCCAGGCAGCACCCGGCGGCCACCACGCGGGCGUUCCGCGAGGCCCACGCCGCCGACCGCCAGAAGUACGCCCGCAAACGCUCCCUCUACCUGGUGAACUACCCCCAGCAGCUCGCCUUGUGCCUGUGGCGGGCCGCCUGCACCAUUGCAAACAACACCGCCUACACCGUCACCAACAUCGCCGUGGCCGUCGUCCAGGCCCUCAUCACGGGCUCCCUCUACUUCAACACACCGCAGACAACCUCCGGGGCCUUCUCCCGAAGCGGCAUCCUCUUCUUCGCCAUCUUCUACUUCGUGGUCAUGGGCUUGGCCCAGAUCGCCGCCCUGUUCCAGUCCCGCCCCAUCCUCAACAAGCAGCGGGGCUACACGCUCUACCACCCGUCCGCCCAGCUCCUCUCCGCAAAGCUCAUCGAGCUCCCCAUCCGCUUCUUCACCAUCCUCGCCUUCUCGCUCAUCCUCUACUUCCUCUCCAACUUGAAACGCCAACCCGGUGCUUUCUUCUUCUUCCUGCUCUUCGUCAACGUCGCCGUGGAGGCCGUCGCCUCGCUCUUUACCCUCGUGGCCUCCUGCUGCCCGACCCUCACCUCCGCCAACGCUCUAACCGGCAUCCUCAUGAUGCUGAUGAUCCUCUACUCCUCCUUCAUGAUCCAGCGGCCCUCCAUGUACUGGUGGUUCCGCUGGUUCUCCUACGCCAACCCGGUGCUCUACGGCUUCGAGUCCCUCAUCACCAGCGAGUUCUUGGGCCGCCUCAUGCCGUGCUCUGCCGCCCAGCUCGUCCCUCACGGGUCCCACUACUCCUCCUCCCCAAAUAACACUGUUUGUGCAUUUGUUGGGGCCGCCUUGACCCGCCAGGAGUUCCCAAGUGCCGGAAACGCCGUCGACGGCAGCAUCUACCUCAGCUUGGCCUUCCAGUACAGCUACAGCCACGCCUGGCGCAACUUGGGCAUUCUCUUUGGCUUCAUCCUCGGGGCCGACAUCCUCAACGUGCUUCUCGUGGAGUACUACAACCCCGUUGUCGUGUCUGCGGACCGUAUGCUGUUUGUCCGCCGUCGGAGGGGUGUUGAUUUGGAGAGUAAGUUGGUUGGACGGAAUCUAGAUAAACCUGAAAGUACUAUCAUUGCUAGUACUGAGCCUGAAAGCGCUAUCGUUCCUAGUAAUACUCGGAGUGCUCAGCCUGAAAGUGCUAAUACUCAAAGCCCUAUCAUUCCUAGUACUAAUUCCCAAAGCACCAAUGCUCAAAGUACUAUGAUUCCUAGUGCUCAUUCCCAAAAUACUUUCACCCAAUCCUCCCCCUUCGGAACCCACUUGGGCUCCCCUGACAUCUUCCUGUGGCGCCAUGUCGACUAUGUGGUGCCCUAUGAAGGCCGCGACAGAAAGCUUUUGGACGAUGUGCAGGGAUACGUGCUCCCGGGCACCUUGACAGCACUCAUGGGCGAGUCCGGAGCCGGCGAUUUCCUCGUGAAUGGCAACCGUUUGGACACGUCAUUCCAGAAAAGAACAGGCUACGUGCAGCAGCAGGACAUCCACAUUGCAGAGUUGACCGUUCGCGAGUCGCUCAUGUUUGCAGCUCGGUUGCGGAGACCUUACGAGGUGCCCGAUGCUGAGAAACUUGAGUAUGUGGACCGCAUCAUGGAGAUCCUCCACAUGGACGAGUACGCAGAUGCUGUUGCAGGCAAGCCAGGGUACGGGUUGAAUGUUGAGCAGAGGAAGAAGCUCUCGAUAGCCACGGAACUCGUUGCCAAACCGUCCUUAUUGCUCUUUCUCGAUGAGCCCACCUCCGGCUUGGACUCACAAUCGGCCUGGGCGAUUGUCCAGGUGCUCCGGAAACUUGCACUGGCGGGCCAGGCCAUACUUUGCACGAUCCACCAGCCUUCUGCGACGCUUUUCGAGCAGUUCGACCGCUUGUUGUUGUUGAAAAAGGGCGGCCAGACGGUCUACUUUGGCCCGGUGGGCCGCAAUUCGCACUCAGUGCUCUCGUACUUCGAGUCUAAGGGGGCCCGGCGCUGCCAGCCGGACGAAAACCCGGCCGAGUACGUGUUGGAGGUGAUUGGGGCAGGUGCCACUGCUGUGGCGGACCGGGAUUGGGGAGAUGUGUGGAGAAAGAGCGAGGAGAACGGCAAAGUGAGCCAGGAGGUGGAGCAGAUGACUAGACGAGCUGUUAAGACAACUAGUGCAACUAAUGAAACUAGUGCAACUAGUGCAAAUAAGGCAACUGCUACUGCUUCUUCAUCCACCUCCCAAUUCGCUACCCCCUACCACCGACAGCUCAGCCUCGUUCUCCGCCGCACUUGGACCCAGUUCUACCGCGAUAUCGACUACCUCCUGUCCAAGUUGCUGCUUGUGGUGCUCGGCGGCCUCGUGCACGGCUUCUCCUUUUGGAAAGUCAAGCACACGACCAUCGGAAUGCAGAACACCAUGUUUGCCAACUUCAUGGCUGCAGUCAUCGCUGCCCCCUUGAUCAACCAGAUCCAGGCCAGAGCAAUCCAGUCCCGCGAGUUGUUCGAGGUUCGAGAAUCCAAGUCCAGUACCUUCCACUGGUCCACCUUGUUGCUCUCGCAGCUGCUUGUGGAAAUUCCAUACGCCUUGGUCAAUGCCACCAUCUACUUCAUCGUCUGGUACUUCCCCAUCCAGCUCCCCCUCUCGGCUCACAUUGCCGGCUUCUGGUGGCUCACCUACGCCAUUUUCUUUCAAAUUUACAUCAUCUCCUUUGCUCUCGCCGUCAUCUACUUCUCUCCAGACCUACCUUCUGCAAAUGUGCUCUGUGGAAUGCUCUUGAACUUCCUCAUUGCCUUCUGCGGCGUCAUCCAGCCACCUUCCUUGCUGCCGGGCUUCUGGAAGUUCAUGUGGAGAACUUCCUCCUUCACUUACUUCAUCGACAACUUGGUCUCCACCUGCCUCCACGACCGCCAGGUUCGUUGUAGUUCCACAGAAAUGAACUACUUGGACCCUCCGGACGGCCUCACUUGCAACCAAUACUUGCAACCUUUCUUUGCCACCAACAACGGCUACGUGGCCAAUCCAUCCGCCACUUCUCAGUGUGCCGUGUGUCAGUACUCCGUCGGAGAUCAGUACUUGGCAACUGUAGGCAUGUCCUACUCUCACCGCUGGAGAAACAUCGGCCUAUUCUUUGUUUACAUUCUCUUCAACGUCUUCUGCAUGUUGUCUAUGUAUUACAUUUUCCGGGUCCGCCACUUCUCACUGUCUCUUCCAAAACUGCCAGCGUUUCUAAGGCGUAAGAAGACGGCCAAGGAUGAGGAGAAGCCUCAAAGCUGA